AUGGAUGACUAUCAAUUUGAUAUCCUCAACAAUCUCACCAAGGCUCCAGGUAAUAUGGGUACUGAUUUCCAUGACGGAUUCAUGCUCGCCAACGACUAUGAAUUUAUAAUAUAUGGUGGCUAUCUCCGACUCAGAGAUGAAUCUGCUAGUAUCAACGAGAUGUGGAGCUUAGCCCGGUAUAUGAUCCAGAAUGGAGCAACGCCGUUGAGCGAUCCAGGAGAAUUCCAGCUGUUAGCCUUGGAUAAUAUAACGAGAUAUAUCGCGAGCGCGGGAAGUGUGAAUGUGCCGAGUGAAAAUAAGGCCUAUGUGUUUAGUGGCGCCACUGGAAAGGAUUGGGGUCCAUUCUUUGACCCACUCACAGCGAACAGCGCCGACUUACGCCCAUAUGGAAAUAGCUCCCAGCUCAUAUCCGUUGAUAUGAGCAUAAUGGGCAGCGAGGUGUGGAGCAAUGUCACCCUCCCCUCGAGCAUCCACGCACGAAUAGGCUCCGAGUUAGUAUGGAUACCAGUUGGGGCUCAGGGAACCUUAGUUGCUAUCGGCGGCUCUAUCAAUCGGGCGCUGUACCCAUAUGAGAAGACUAUAUCAGUGGAGUCGCAGACAUUUGGAGAUGAAUUUAUUAAUAAGGUUCAUUUAUAUGAUAUAGCUAAUGAUAAAUGGUACACACAACAGACAUUUGGUGAAACCCUCUCACCAAAGGCACAAUUCUGUACCGUUGUUGCUUCAUCAAAAGAUAACACCACUCACCAGAUCUACGCAUAUGGUGGACACGAUGACCUUUCCGGAAAUCCCCUCAACAUGAAACCUGUUUCUGCCGACGUUUACGUACUAUCACUACCUUCGUUCACAUGGACCAAAGUAUAUGAUGGUACCGACCAAAUACACCGUCGUAAGGGCCACAAAUGCCACAAAGUGGCCGAUAAUCAGAUGAUGGUUGUUGGUGGACGACCACAGGCCAAUGCUGGAGACUGUUUGAGAGGAGGAUUGAUUAGGCUGUUUAAUCUGAAUACAUUGCAGUGGGAAGACAAGUAUGAUCCAAGGGUUUAUGAUAGUUAUAAGGUUCCAACUGCGGUUUCAGAUGUAAUCGGCGGGAAUGAGGACGGAGGUGGCACACUCCAAGCUAAAACCUGGGACAACGACGAUAUCAAAGACUUAUUCAAUGUCCCCUAUACGAAAACAAUUCCAAUCUACUGGCCCUAUUCCCCCGCUCCCGAUACUACAACCACCAGCGGUAUCUUUACCACCACCCCUGCAUCCAGUGAUGGAGGCAAUGGUCUCCCCUCCUACGUACCACCGCUCCUCGGCGCCAUACUCGGGCUUCUCGGACUGAUUACAAUUCUCUGCGGAGUAUUGUUCUGGUUGCGACGGAAGAAGCGGGGGGGUAGAGGCGCGCCGACAGAUUCGGCGGCGAGCACAACCAGGAAGAACAGGCAGACGUGGAGUUGGUUGUUGGGCGUUUAUGGGGAUGAGAAGCGCGAAUUCCCGGAUGAUCAGACGCCAGGUACCGAAAUGACGAACCCGUACGAUUUACAUUCGGGGGUUAGUCCCAUGACCGAAGCCUCGAAUCCAACGAACGCGGUGAUAGCAGAGGCACAAGGGAGACAAGUGUUUGAGAUGGCUGAUAGCAGCAAACCACAAGAGCUCCACUCCUCUCCCAUGACCCUGGCGGCGGCAGCGGCAAAAAGAGUUACGAUCGUCGAGCCAGCAUCGCCGAGCAUGCCCGAAAUGGGACCAACGAAGUCUCGGGAGGAGCCUCGACCGGAGGAUUUACGAGAUGUUGAUAUGAGUGCUGAAGCUACUUCAAGGGUUAGGAGGGAGGAAACACGAUUGGAACGAGAUAUGGACCCGCGUGUGCUGCAGAGGCUGCUGGAUGAUCCGGGGGCUAAUCUACACGACGAUUGA